AUGAACGACACAUAUGGUGCUGGUCUCCAGGAUCCAGCGCCUUCAACAUCCGUCGAACAUAAUCAGAAUGCAGGCCAUUUCUCUGCCUCUGAUGCACCUGAAGCCACCUUCAACUGCACCGAAGCCAAGCUCUUGCUCAAUCAAUAUGCGAUGAUCCAGGAAAAGUGGGAUAAUAUGAGAAAAGAUUUUCUCAAAGCUGCCGAUGAACGAUUAACGUGUGCUCUCUGCCAUGAAUUUCAUGGAUACGACCAUGAUUGGAAAGAAUUGUUCAGCGGUCUGGUCGAAAUGGAUUUCGGCGCUGAGACUCUGUCUGGAGAGAUUGAUGGCACGAAGAAAGGCAUUACUUUGGAGACCGUAAAUGCUUGGCUGAAGAAAUGGGAUCUAAUGGAGGAGAUGUAUGACAAGGAGUGUAAGGGAAGUGGAUGCAGACAGUGGGAGGAGGGCUUCGUCCAGACCCAACAACCAGAAAUCGACAACAAACCUGAUCGUAUCAGACGGGUGAAUUGCGAUUGGAUGAUUCAAGGGACCCAGGCAGCUACCAGUACAGAUACAAGUGGUUGGAAUACUGUUGAUCGAAGUAACGGUAGUCGAGGUAGCGAUCGAGCCCAAGGAGGAAGAGGAGGGGGUGGAGGAGCACGAGGUGGUAGAAGUGGAGGGGCAAUAGGAGCAAGAGACGGAGGCACCAGACUCUGCUUCAACUACAAUCAACCAGGACAUGACAGGGCCAUCCCGAAACACUUCGCUCGCCAUCUCGGUCAAACGGAUGAUCUGGUCAAUAUGAUCUCAAUCCUCAGCAUCAAGCUUCUACCUCUCUUGCACACUCUUCUCGAUUUCGAAGAUAUCGAAACGGAGGACAAAGAAAACUCCGACACCUUUCGUCCAAGCCCCGAAGUGCAGACUACUCCAGCUCCCAGCACUUUCGCUCAAGUAUUUCAAAAAUCCUCCGAACUUCAUGGGGGAUAUGAAACCCGUGGUCUGACCGAGUUGUACAAGCAAUGGAACGCAGAAAUCAUUAAGAUGAUGGAGGUGUAUGACAAUCGUCAGAAAUGCCAGAACUGUCACGAGAGCCACGAAUGCCAGAACACCGCCGUGCAAUGGAUUAAGUGGCAUAGCAUGAUGCUGAGAUUGAAAGUGGAGAGUGUGGACGAAGCAGCAUUCAAAAUUCUAGCCAUCUUGCCUAGAAUCAUCGAAAGCGAAUAUCAUCAGAGAGUCAGCGGUACGGCCUGUAGAAAAUCCAAGCAAAUGCGGGCAAAGAGAUCGGGAGAACGAGAUGCAGGAAAUGAUAGGAUCGAUCCAGAGACGGAGACAGAAAAGUGUGGCGAGGCCUAUGUCAAGGAUGCUGCUGGAAUGAAGGAUAUUUGA